UUCUACUGUCUUGCGAUAAAGCCUCAGAUGAAAGGGGAGCAGCCCUAUGUUGGUCCAAAUCCCAGCUUCUCAUCCAUGAUGUCUUUAACCCCUCAAUCCACAAGUUCUCUCCUCUCCAGCCGGCUCCAAUUAUGGAUGUGUGUCUGAGCUCCGAGCAGCAGCCCGGGCACCUGAACGAAGGACCGAGCACCCCAGAUGGCUGGUUAGAGGCGAAGGAGGAGGGGGCGCUCCACGAAGAUGGCACCGGCGGACCCCCAGGAGAGUCUAACAAGAUAGAACCAUCUCUUCAGAGUCUCCAGAAAUUUGUUCCUACUGAUUAUGCCAGCUACACUCAGGAGCACUAUCUGUUUGCAGGCAAGAAGAUUGUCAUUCAAGAAUCGAUAGAGAGUUACGGAGCGGUGGUGUGGCCAGGGGCAACGGCUCUGUGUCAGUAUUUGGAGGAACACACAGAGGAACUGAAUCUCCAAGAUGCUAAAAUACUUGAAAUUGGUGCUGGACCAGGCCUUGUUUCCAUUGUGGCCAGUAUUUUAGGAGCUCAAGUCACAGCAACGGAUUUGCCUGAUGUCCUAGGAAACCUUCAAUACAAUCUUUUAAAGAACACACUAAAAUGUACAGCACAUCUGCCUGAAGUGAAAGAACUGGUGUGGGGAGAGGGCUUGGAACAAAACUUCCCCAAGUCAAGUUUUUAUUACGAUUACAUUCUGGCCUCUGACGUGGUCUACCACCAUUACUUCCUGGACAAGCUGCUCACCACCAUGGUGUACCUUUGUCAGCCAGGGACGGUGUUGCUUUGGGCAAACAAGUUCAGAUUCAGCACCGAUUAUGAAUUUUUAGAUAAAUUCAAGCAAGUUUUUGAUACAACACUCUUGGCCGAAUUUCCAGAGGCAUCAGUCAAACUUUUUAAAGGAACACUAAGAUGGGACUAAAUUAAACAAAUGUCUCUCAAAACAUUAGUGUGUCUGUUGAGCAGUGUUAGAAAUUGUAUUGUUAAUAAAAGACUUCUUUUAUAAGAUUGAGAAGAUAGUGCAUAAAAAUAACUCAUAUGCCUAGAAUAGAUAUAACUCAGUAUCACAGCCGCUUUCCAGACUAACCUAUUUAAGAUUAUCUGGUUCAUCUAAACAUUCGGAAAGAAUAACAUGAAAACAGAAAAGUAGCUUUGUUGGCUUCCAAAAGUUUAAUAAAUUUGACAAGAAUAAAUUAAUACACAAGUGGGUUUCCCUUUGUUAUUUCUGCUGUAGAUCACGGUUUUAAACUUGUCAAUAUACUUUUGUCACAUGAUGUUGGAAACUGAGCUUGACAGUGUCCUUGUGCCUUAAUUUGAAGAAGCUGCUUAUAUGCAUUUUAACUGUAGCAAAGGGAGAGAAUACUGAGUGACAGGAAACAGUUACAGGUUUAACAUUGAUUAAAAGUGAAAAAUACCAAAACAGGGCUGGAAUGAGGAAAUGGAUGUUGUCUUAGGAACUUCUUAGGAGAAGUUACUCUACAAAUACUCUCCUUUUGUGUCAGUUGUCUAGGACCACUUCAAGUUAGAUUUCUGGAUUGUCUGCUUUUUUUUUUAAUAACUGAUCUAUAAUUAAAAUUCUUGGAAAAGUAGGAAAGAAUGGACUUUUUGUUUGUUCUCAUAAAGGAAGGCUACAAAACAAUGUAAAACAAACAUCAUAAUUAUAAAAUGUUAAAGGCUUCUCCUUUGAGACAGGGGAAGAAUUAAAAGUUCCAGCUAAUGCCAUUUCUCCACAUUUUACUAGAGAUUUUAGUCAAUGUUGUAAAGGAAGGGAAAGAAAUAAAACCUGCAAAUUCAGAAUGGAAGGAAUAAAAGCAACACUGUUCCUGGAUGAUACGACUGUCGUUUACACAAGACAGGCCAGCAAACUUUCUCUUGAAAGGGCCAGAUGACAAAUACUUUAGGCUUUACAGGCUACAUACUGUUUGUGCAGAAUUUUUUUUUUUUACAAUGAUUUAUAAAACUGCAAGAACCAUUCUUAGCUUGUGGACCCUGUAGAAACAGGCUAUGGGUUGAUUUGACCUGGAGGCCAUAGUUUGCUGACUCCUGAAACUGGGAAUAAUCUACAAUGGAACUAUUGGAAUUUUUAAGAGUUCAGCAAGGCUGCCAAAUGUCAAUAUAUAAAGCUCAAUGGUUUUAUGAAUUCGAACUAUAGAUAGUUAGAAAAUGAAAUUUAAGUAACGAUAUCACUUACAAUAGCAAUAUUAAAUACUUAGGAUAAAUCUAACAAAAGAUAUACAAGAACUCUACAAAAAUGUAUAGCCGCAUUGAGACAAAUUAAAGAUAACAAGUAAAUAGAGAGACACCCCAAGCUUGUGCACCGGAAGACAUUAUCAAGUUGCCAGUUUUUUCCAAAUUGAUCAAUAGAUCACGUGCAGUUUCAUGUAAUCUUUCUUGUGGAUCUUGUCAAACUGAUUCUAAAAUUAUAUAAAGAUCAACAGUCUAAGAAGAGUCAAGGCAUUCUUGAAGACGAACCUGGUGGGAAGAUUUGCUCUACAAGAAAUCAGAGGUAUUUUAAAGAUGUAGUGAUUGAGAAAACAAUUAGUAUUAGUUGCUAAUACUAAUACACAUUGGUAUUUCUUAAUACACACACACAUUGGUAUUUCUUUCUUUUUUUUUUAAAGGAGACACACAGGAGGGAAGGCCAGGUGUUUCCCUGUACAAUUUAUGUUUAGAUGGUCUCUUUUUUUUUUUUUAAAGAUUGGCACCUGAGCUAACAUCUGUUGCCAACCUUCUUCUUUGUUUUCUUCUUUCUUUGUUC